UUUAAAGGCACAUGGAAAAAAGAAUUUAACGCAAAUGGCACUUCACAAAGGAACUUUUUCGUGAGAGCGAACGAGCAAAAACUAGUUCAAAUGAUGUACGGUGAAUUUGAUGUAAAGUCUGGUGAAGACCUUACACUUGACUGCAAACUUUUACAACUGCCAUAUCAAGGAAACAAGGUCUCUAUGAUCAUUGUUUGGCAAAAUUCUGGUGAUGAACUCUCCGAACUAGAAAGUAAAUUUACUUCGGAUAAUUUCAAGACUCUUGUAAGCGGCAUGAAGACACAAAAGACAAUAGUACGAAUUCCUAAAUUUACAAUGAAAAGCGAGUACGAUUAAAAGCCAAUUUGUACAGCGUUAGGAAUAACGGAAAUCUUUGACAAAAAUGCUGACUUUAGUGAAAUGCUAAAAGCUGAUGUUACACGCGUGCACGUUACUGAUGCUCGUCAUAAAGCUUAUCUUGAAGUGAACGAAGAGGGGAGCGAAGCAGCAGCCGCUACUUUGUUAUCUGUAUCAUUUACUUCAGCAAGGAUUCCUGAGCCCCAGCCAUUCCAAUUUGUUGCCGAUCAUCCUUUCUUGUUUGUGAUUCAAGAUGACAAAACAGGAAUACCGCUGUUCAUUGGAAGGUAUGCCAGGCCAUAAUUUCACAGUAACAUAUUUUUGAAUGAAAACAAAUGCGUACUGAUCAAAAUUAAUUAGAACCUGUUAUAUAUUAAUCAAGUACUUGACUUUACGCAAAGAUUUUUACGAAAGUGUAUACAUAUCUGUCUUAAUAUACACAUUGUGCACAUGUAGGUUUUUAUACCUAUCUGUGUGGAUACACACCUUGGUUUUUGUAUAACUAAAUACUUUAUAUUUGAAUAAUUUUGGAUAUUUUU